UCUUCAAGGCAUUCAGUCUGAGCGCGUACACCGAAUCGUACAGAAGCAUUCAAUCUAAGCUUCAUACGUACAUAGUCGUAAUUGUAUUACGCGUUAGCGUGACCAACGCUGCUGACAUUCAAAGUGUGUAGAUGAGUUGACAGUGUAAUUUCGAGUCUCAAGUGUGCUUGGUGCAAGUAGUGUGAAAUCUUUGUGCAAAUACCUAUGCUAUUGUAACAAUUAACUUAGAGCUCAUCAAGAAAAACGAAUAAAACUAAGCUAAUCACAGCGUGACAGCAUACAUACACACCCACAUACAUGCAUAUGCAAAAUCAGAUUGUGUGGGGAAAAUAAUAAAUGAAAAUGCAGUGCCAUUUAAGCAACAAGUGCGUCUUGACAAUUUUACUGCUCUGUUUAGUGGCAUUUCAAUUGGCGGCCUGUUGUACGCGUGUACCAACACACCUGCCUCACGGAAGACGUUCACGCGGGGACAAUGGAUACAAAUUAAUAGUUGCUGAGGGCCCUAAUGGCUAUGUGCCGGGCGAGACAUAUAACGUUUUGCUGCUCGGCGCUCGUACUCAUGAGAAGGUUCAGCAUUUUACCCACUUCACUAUCACCGCGGAGGCCGCCACUUUUGGCCAACGUGCACAACCUGCUAGCCCAAAGCGUGUUGGACGGUUUCAACUCUUUAGUGACGCACUUACGAAAUUCAGUGAUCGCUGCGUCAAUACCGUUCAGGAAGCAGAAGACUUGCCCAAAACUGAAGUACAGGCCAUGUGGGUGGCACCUGCAGCGGGUGCAGGUUGCGUUUCAAUAUCUGCUAUGGUUUACGAAGGUCCUCGUGCAUGGUACUCGGAUGAAGGACAGCUAACACAAGUCAUUUGUGAGCGGAAAACCAACGUGCAUACGGUGAAAAAGGAGUGUUGUGCUUGUGACGAAGCUAAAUAUAGCUUCGUUUUUGAGGGCAUUUGGUCCAAUGAAACACAUCCCAAGGAUUAUCCCUUCGCUAUUUGGUUGACACAUUUCUCAGAUGUGAUUGGCGCCUCACACGAGGCGAAUUUCUCGUUCUGGGGUGAGAAUCAUAUAGCCACCGACGGGUUUCGCUUCUUAGCUGAAUUCGGUUCGCCGACUGCUUUGGAAACGGAACUACGUGCUAGAGGUCCACGUUUGAGAACUCUUAUAAAAGCUGCUGGUCUAUGGUAUCCGAAUGUGAAUACUAAUACUUCUUCGAAAUUCCGUGUGGACCGCACACAUCCAAAGGUCUCGCUGGUAUCUAUGUUUGGACCUUCGCCCGACUGGGUUGUCGGCAUUAGCGGUGUUGAUUUGUGCACCGAAGAUUGUUCGUGGAAAGAAUCAUUAGACUUUGAUCUCUAUCCAUGGGAUGCGGGCACCGACAGUGGCAUCAGCUACAUGUCACCCAAUACAGAAACGCAGCCGCGAGAGCGGAUGUAUCGCAUUACCACCAUGUACCCCGAGGAUCCACGUGCACCAUUUUAUAACCCAAAAAGCAGCGAAAUGACGCCGUUGGCUAAAUUAUAUAUUAGGCGAGAGAAAAUUAUGUCCCGAAGCUGUGAUGACCAUUUCUUGGAAGCUUUAAAAUUGGAUGUAUCUGACGAUGUUGAAGAGCAGGAUACAAGGCCCGAAUGUCAGUUGACUGCCUACAGCGAUUGGAGCCCUUGUUCUGUCACCUGCGGUAAAGGCAUUCGUAUGCGUACGCGUCAAUAUGUGAAUCCCGAAGUGGCUGCUGCUGUUGAUUGUUCACGCCAGUUGAUUUCGAAGGAAAUGUGUGCAGCUGCUGUAGCUGAAUGCGAUAGUCAGACACAGGACGAUGACGACGAGGGUGAGAACUUGGCACGAGCUACCGCUUUAGUAACGGAUGAUGGCGAAGGGGUUGGCGUAUGUCAUAUCACAAAUUGGAGCGAGUGGUCCGAAUGUUCUGCUAGUUGCGGUAUUGGUAUUACAAUGCGCACGCGUACAUUCCUCAAUCACCUUGGGCGCAAACGUUGUCCACAUAUGGUUACAGUUGAGAAACAAAAAUGUAUGCGGCCAGAUUGUAAAUUCGAAGAGGUGGAAUUGCCCGAUCCAAUGUGUCCAACCACACAGUGGAGUGAUUGGAGUCCGUGCACGGCCACAUGUGGGCGUGGUGUUACCAUACGUACGCGACUUUUGCUGUUAGAGGAUAGCGCGGUGAAGGAUAACUGUACUAAGCGUAUGGAGUUAAAUCAACAAAAGGAAUGUAAGGUACCACAAGAGUGCACCAUUAACAUGGAGAUGGCUAAGGAAAUUUGUGUGGAGGCUUACGACAGUGGCCCUUGUCGUGGUAUAUACAAACGUUAUGCCUACAAUCGGGAAUAUGGGCGUUGUGAGAGUUUCACCUAUGGUGGGUGUCGUGGUAAUCGUAACAACUUCCUUACCGAGAGUGACUGCAUAAAUUCCUGUGGCAUGUUACGAACCGCAGAUUCUGGCAAUCCUCAAGCUACGGUCACAAAAGUUACAUCGGAAGCACAUCAGGCCUCGGUCUACCAACCUGUGGAUUGUGUAAUGUCAGAGUGGUCCAAUUGGUCUGAAUGCAGCGUUAGCUGUGGCACAGGCUAUUCCAAUCGCAGUAGAUAUGUCAUUACUGAGCCCAGGAAUGGUGGCCAGCCGUGCCCGAAGCGCAAGGUGAAGGUACGCCGUUGCACAAUGGCUGAUUGCUGAUUGCACAGCUAAGAUCUUAAGAAAUUACAUGAAUUUAAUACUCGUAAUAAUUAUUCCAAUCAGUUAUGUGGAAUUUCUUAAGUGUAAUUUUUUUAUAUAAUACAUACAUACAUACUAUACCUAUGUAUAUAUAUAAUAAAUAGAUGCAUACAAUUUGUAUAAAAAGAAGUGCAAAUGCAAGAACA